AUGAACUGCUGCCAGCGUCUUGCCUCCGUGCUUCUCUCCCACAUCAACCUCAUGCUCGCCCUGUUUGUGUACCGUGCGGGCAUGAUCUGUACGGGGGUACGAGGGUCGGGGGGGAGCGCGAGGACUCGGCCCAGUGAUCCAAGGUGUAUGUUGCAGCUGUACGCGGGUGCGGCGCUGGUGAUGGCGGCGCGACUCAAGUGGGACCCCACGGCGUACGUGGUGCUGCGCCAGCUGUUGCCCGCCGUAUACCGGGCCCUAGCCGCAGGUCUGCUCGCCGGCGCCAUGCUGCUGAUACUGCUGGGACACCUGACCGCCACUGCGCUCGUCGUCCGGCACGCAACCUCGCGUCGCGUUCUGCUCAUCCUGUACGCGGUGGUGAUGAUGGCGCUGGUGCUGGCAGAGGUGGGCUGGGCUUUAUGGACGACUCUGCGAGUGGAAGAGUGGCUGCGUGGUCCUGAAGGUCAAGAUCUGCUCACUGCGCUGGAAGUGCACGAGCAUCUGGUCCCAUUGUUCUCCGUGCUUGGUCGACUGCAUCCUUUGCCGCAGAAGCUCCACGAUCUUGUACAGGAGGUGGAGAAGGACUUGCCGUGUAACGCGUACGUGGCGGCGGCGGGCGCGGCGCUGCUCGUGGCGCUGCAGGGGCUGGCGGUGGUGCUAGCGCUGCUGCUGGCGCACUACUCGCGCUCUCGGACUCGCCGGAGAGACUCGCACAGCUUCGCAACCACAACGACGACGGCUUCGACAAGCAGCGAAAGAGCCCCGCUCCGCACCGCCUACCGGAACGGACGCAUCGUGGUGCUGUGACCCCCCGUGACCCACACCCUCGCGGCGCCGCGGGAACCAGAGAUACUGUCGAGCAGCACUAUUGGUUGCACCUGACACCGGCCUUCCUGUACGUACAU